GGAGGCUCCUUCUCAGUUCUCAGUUCCUUCUCCGAGACGCAGUUCUUCAUCUUUUUCUUCUUCUUCUUGUUGUUUAAACCACCGUGAUUCUUCUCCUUGAGAUUGCUUCUUUUUUUUAAUCAGGGCAGUAAGAAUGUAUAAUAACGUUGGAUCCCAACCUGGGGCACCGCAGCCCCCGACAAGCUCGCAACCUAAUCCUUUUGAGAGUGCAUUUAAUGUUGCGGGUUCAGGACUCAUUCGAGGUGGAUUGGGUGCAUAUGGAGGAAAAAUAUUAGGAUCCAGCUCUGAGUAUGUCCAAAGCAAUAUAAGUAGAUAUUUCUCUGAUCCCCAAUACUACUUUCAAGUGAAUGACCAUUAUGUUAAGAACAAAUUGAAGGUGGUUUUGUUUCCAUUCCUGCACAGGGGUCAUUGGACUAGAAUUACUGAACCAGUAGGGGGUAGGCUCUCCUAUAAACCACCAAUUUAUGACAUAAACGCACCAGACCUAUAUAUUCCAUUAAUGGCAUUUGGUACCUACCUCGUUCUAGCUGGCCUCUCAUUGGGUCUUCAAGGAAAGUUUAGUCCAGAAGCUUUGAACUUGUUAUUCAUCAAGGGAUUGCUUGGUUGGUUUAUGCAAACCGCACUGCUUAAGGUGACAUUGCUUUCAUUGGGCAGUGGAGAAGCACCCCUGCUGGACAUUAUAGCAUAUGCUGGGUAUACUUUCACUGGCAUAUGUUUGGCUGUUCUUGGAAGAAUAAUUUCAGGCUACUCCUACUACUUUUUGAUGCCAUGGACCUGUUUAUGCAUGGGAAUAUUCUUGGUGAAAACAAUGAAGAGAGUCCUUUUUGCAGAGGUCAGGAGUUAUGACUCGAGCAAACACCACUAUCUGUUACUCUUCAUUGCUUUGGUUCAGUUCCCAUUGUUCACAUGGCUUGGCAACAUUACUAUCAAUUGGCUUUUAUAGAAUAUAGAGUAAUAGCUUUUACACUGUACUUAGGAGCAAUUCUUAGUGAUGUUUUUUUGGUUGUUGAUGUUGAACAGAUGUAAUAUAUGGACUUUUAGUUUUCCCAUUAUUUUUUUCUGUUGGUAAGGUUCGGGACUAAACCUUAUCUAAAUAUAUGCUUAUU